GCUCUGGCCGGUUGGGUCAGUUGGGAACUAUUUUUUUUUUUUCAUCACAGAGCUGAAUUAUACACCCUGUACCCGGAAAAUCCCAUGAUGGUCUUUUCGCUUUCGCAGCACACUUUGAAGGUCGCUUAGGUACUUGGUGUGAAAGUUAAUAGACCAAACAUGUCUCGAAUCGGCGGCGCUCCCGCCGUGAGACGCUACCUUUUGGCGGCAGGGAUCCGGGUUGGCGCCUCCGCCCCUUCACCGAGGAGCCUCAGCGCACUGCUUGUACAUAGCCGUCACGCCGCCACCAAGGCCGCCACCACCAGCACCACCAAGCGCAGCACCGCCGUCAAGGCCUCGGUGACGACAGCGGCCGAAACCGCCGCCGCCGACACAAAGAAGAUCAGCACCAAGACCACCGCGACGACGGCGACGACCCGACCCAAGACUACGAGGAAAAAGGCUGCCGCCGCUGCGGAUACGGAGGCUGCUGUCCCUGCCGAUGCCGGCGCGGAAACCCCCGUGACUACGGUCAAAAAGACCACCCGCGCCAGCUCGACCAAAGCCGGUGCGGCCAAGACGACCACGGCUGCGAAGAAGACUACGACUCGCAAGACAGCGGCGCAAAAGGCGGCCGAAGCUGCUGAAGCUGGCGAUGCGCCGGCCAAGCCCAAGCGCAUGACCGCCGCGCAAAAGGCAAAGGCGGCUGCGGCUGCGGCUGCCGCCGAGAGCUCGCCGCCCGCGCCGGAAGCAUCAAAAACACCUGAGCCUAUGGCCAAGGACAGUGACAAGGCUGUAGCAACGAGCACUCCAGCGACAAGCGCACCCACUGCUUCGGCGGCUUCCAGCUCAAAGGCCACGUCCAAGACAAAGACCGCAAGCCCUGUUACAGAAGCAAGCCCUACCGAGACCCCUAGAGAGACAUCACUUGUCUCGAGUACGACCACAACCUCGUCUUCAACAAAAGCUUCCACCUCGCCACUACCAAACACCACGGACUCAGUAAAGGAACCAGUCUCAUCCACGCAAGUGAAGACACCGGCGGCAUCUUCCCCAAGCUCCUCAUCCGCUUCCACAGUUCCAGAGCCCUCGGAGAAGACAGAAAACCCGGCGCCGGCAUCAACAGUUUCGGCCAAGUCUGCUACCCCCGCCGCAGCACCACCACCGCCUGCACCCAAGGUCGUUUCUGAAUCUACCGUUAUCCCGACGGUAAAAAAGGAGACAAAAUCACCUGUCACGGCUGCUAAAGCAGCUCCUCCCACGCCAACCGCAAAACCUGCCCCGGCACCUGCAAAGGAAGCCUCGCCAGCCAAGACGGGCACUCCGACAGUUGGUGCCACGAAAGAAGUUGGGUCUUCACGAUUCGCGGCUCCCGCUGCAGACAAGGUGAAAGCGGUACCAAAGCCUCUGACGCGGAAAGCUCCAAAGUUCGAUGAGGGACCUUUGCCACCAGCAUUCCAAGAUCGAGAUGAAAUGCCCGAGCCGUAUGAUACCAACACUAAAGAGUAUAAGGAUAGGGCGAGGCAGUGGCUCAAGGUCAUGGUUGGCUUGCCUGUUCUCAUUGUCAUGAGCUACCACCUGUAUGACCGAUUGGUUCUGGGCAAUGGACCCAAUGAACAUAUCGAAUUCACCGGAGAGGGCAUACAGCUUGAGCCUAAGCUCCCGAAAUUUGAACCUGAAUCGAAACCUGAACGAACGACAACUGAAGGAAAAACAGAGACCGAUUAAAAUCGCAGGCUCAUGAGUCAUCGUUAGCUGCGUGUGCAACUAAUGUGUAUUUUUUCAUGUCAUGAUACGAAGGUCGGAAUUCCUAAAAACGGAGAUGGCUAUCUGUUGGCAAUGAGAACAACAAGAUAUGCCGGUGCCUUGUGUUUUUGUUCAUAUACCUCCUUUUUUCUGUAGCUUUGGCUGUGUUUUGGGUACACGAUCUGUGUACUGAGCGACCACACGUGGUGCAGCACGCACAUAUGAUUUUCCAUCCGAUGGGAUGAGAAAUAUAGGAUACUCCAUUCAAUAACGCGCAUGAAGAAUUAAAGGGAGGUUGUCUGACGAAUAUUAAAGUUGGACUGGACACCCCCACGGAGCCGUCCGCAAUGUGGGCAUUAUGCAUUUCAUCGUCGUCGAUGCUUCACUCAUGCGGGCAUUGUCGCGCGCGUGGCGGUGAUCCAAAGAGGCCCCCAAGGAAACGGAAAGUUCUUGAUCCGGACCAAGUCGGGCAAAUGAGAGGGGGGAACAACUAAGAGAACCGCGUGGAAAACUUCGAUGGUACGCGGGUCAGGGAAACAAUAUUCGGAUGACAGGAUGGAGUGAUCAUCCGGAAGUGAUGGGGUCCAACCCCGAGAAAGCUACGUACAGGAGAGACAAGCAAUGGGUAAAAGUAUAAGACAAAAAAAAAGCCCUUGUCCAAUUG